AUGGCAGCUUCCAAGCCGUCAAACUCUCAGCGGCUCUCGCGCCUCGAAUCCCUCCCCGUCGAACUGAUCCAGCAUAUUUUCUUCUCCUCGUUCGAAGUGAACAUGCCACGUGCAUCGACGCAUCUGGCCCGGGUGCUGUCCAAGCCCUCGAUCUACAAAGCACUCGUCCUGUUCGCGUACUUUGACAAUCUGGAUGACCAGCUCCCCAUUGAAACCCACCAUUUUCGACCGGCGGAGUAUAGACGCCUCAGUCGCGACGAGCAGAUCCGAUUACAGCGAGGGAUUCUCGGCUGCAGAUGGCUCACGCCGAGUUUGUUGAAAUCGUGCAUGCCAACACUAAGCAGACUUCAGAUGACUCAGGCAUGGCACCACGAACACCAGGCAGAGAAGGCACUCGGGAUCGGGUCCCGGGAGCUGGAGCUGUCGCCAUUGGUGCCACCGGAGUUGGUGACACCGGCGGUGAGGGUACUGCUCCAACGGGUAGCCGUGCUGCCAGCGCUCGACGAUGACCUGGGCAUGCGAAUGCACUUUUUCGCCAUGCAGCCCCUGGUGACACUGAAGCUGCCUUCCCCCGUCCAUCUAGGGUUGGCCCAACGCCCUGACGAUCAGGGACCGCAGCUGCAACUGCCUAUUCUCGGCCCGACGGGCGACGAGGACACCUUGCCACGAAUCUUGCAGUGGUACUCCUGGCUUAAUAGGACCAACGACUUUUACAAAACUGUAAGGAGGGGCUCUAGCACCAGCAUCCUCGCGGCACGGGUACUGCCCGAUCACAUCGUGCGCGGGGGCCCAUGGACGGAAUCCAAACUAGAGCUGCUGCAGCUACUGAGGCAGGGUGUACGAUUCCUUUUUGUGGACCGUGUGCUCGAGAUCUCCGCUGCGGCGCUCUUCGAAGGCAUGGCCAGCGCGAUCCGCGAGGAGAACGACCAAGCAUUGCUGGUCCUACUGGAACUGCAUUACGCCACCAUGAGACUGCAUCCGAGGCACGAGCCGAACCAUCUCGACGGCACGCCGCUUCGCGGAAGACGAUACUUGGUGGCGCCGUUUGCACAUCCCUUGCCUAUUGAGCUAUUCCACUUGGCCGUGAAACGUAAUUCUACAGCACAACAGAUCCUGGCACCGAUUGACCCAGACGCAGGAGGAGAAACCGAAAGUCAACGAGAAGCACGACCACAGCCCCAGAGCCAAGUCACCACCCCCGGCGAAGCCGACCAUGAGCCUGACACUCCCCUACAUCUUGACAGCCAACCAAACGAAGAUGGCGCUGGGCCCCUUCGCACACCUCGCCCCUCCACCGCCCGCAUACUGACCCUGCUGCUUCGUGAGGGCGUCGACAGCGUCGGCCUCGACGACUCAAUCCUCACGCGCUGGGCGACGCACACCUGGACCCACACUACACGGUCAUCCGACUUGCAGGACCGCCGGUUAGCCCGCUGGCUGCUUGACUACAUGUCUGGUACGGACGACUACGGGCUGGCCCGGGGUGAGCCGCUGUUUGUGAACGGCGAGUUUGUCUCGCCCCGCAGGGAGGACGAGUGCCCAUUUCCCCAGAAGUCGUUUUCGGAUGAGAUUGGCUAUGUCGUCGAUGGCGAGCCGGAGGCCGCUGUGAGGGCGCCAGAUGGUGGGCCAUGUGGAUGA